AUGGUGUAUAGAGGACACAGCAGCGGCUGCUCGACCUGUCGAAGACGUCGCGUCAAGUGUGACGAGGAUACUCCAGGCUGUGGCAAUUGCCUAAAGUUAAGGGUUCAGUGUCCUGGGUAUAAGGAUGCCUUUGAGAGAAGGCACCGAAGUGAAACACGCAAAGUCGUUGGACGACAUGGGGGGCAUUCUCGCUUCACCAACACACUUAUGCCAGAAGGCAGUGAUUCUGCGAAGGCUUCACUCAGAGACCAAAUACAUUCGACAUCGUCUUCGAUCCUUUCUUCCUCUAUAGUACCAUCACCACCGCUAGACUCCGAAUCUCUUUCGCUGAGCUUCUUUUUUCAAGCGUAUGGCUCCAACGGAGGCAAAGAUGGCACAUGCUCACUAUUGGCUACCACCCGGGACCUGUAUGCUAAAUGCACCCAGCGGUCUCCUCUGUUGCUCGCUACAUGUGCACUUGCCAUUAAAAUCGCCGGGCUCUGGAGUCAACAAAAUCUUAAUCUAGUGCCUGCACGUCGCCGCUACGCCGAGGCUGUGACGUGCACAAAGGAGGCGACCAAGGAUCCAACCAAAAACAAGUCCAAUGAGCUACUGAUGGCUGCAUUGAUUUUGGAAGUUUAUGAUGAUAUUAAUGCGAAUUAUCAGCACGGGCCAAGAGCAAGCAUGCAUCUCUCAGGCUCCAUGGCGCUAUUGACACACAGGGGCGAGCUGAAUUCUCGAGAUGAUAUGUCUCGGCGCAUAAUGCUUGCAGCGCGAAAUAGAAUGGUAUCUGAGGCGAUAUUGAACCGUCGAAAUAUUCCGUCAUUACCCAUCUUGUUCCAACAACCUGGCGAGCGAAUGCCGGCCAACCCAGCAAUCGAGGUAGAUAGGCUGGCCUUUCGGGUCUAUAAGUUGUCAAAUUUAAUGCGAUCAGAGAAGAGACCAAGAGCAGCAGUUGUUGGGGGAGCGGAAAACGAAACAGGCCUUUCUUUUCUAACCCAGGCCGCUACACUCGCGGCGGACUGCACACGGUGGGUUAACAGUCUCCCAGACCAUUGGCACCCAGUGAGGGUGAAUGGCGAUGCGAUUGCUAAGACAAUCCGAGCGGCAGGAGUAUAUGAAGAAUCCUGUGAUGUGUACAUCAACUUCUCGAUUGCAGCGACGCGGAACUGGCAUCGCCUGAUCGAGCUCCAUGUUAUUCUACUUCUGUGCCAAUACUGGGCAGGAAUUGGCUCUCUCCCUACACCCAACAUAGUAUUACGAGUAGAGAACAUUAUGACCGAGAUCUGUGCAAGCGUUCCAUACCAUGUUGGGGAUAUGAUGGAACCAACAAGGCCCAUCGAUGGGGUCUGGAUUACGUUUCCGCAGAUUUGGAUGCCAUCUUCAACACAUGCGACACACAAGUCUUUCCCUGAGUCAAUACUCCGGCAUGAACGUCAAAUUGCUUCCUCAGGUGCCAUGGUCAUCUACCGUGUCUUGUCCACAGUUAUUAUGCUGGCUCAAGACGAUGGCCAGGCAGCCUCUAUGCUUUCGAAGCGCAGCCAGAGACUCUGGAUUUCAGCACAGAUCUUGAGAUUAAAACGGCUGUUGAGGUUUCCACAUUCAGGGUAA